AUGUUACCAAUCCGUUUACCUAAUACAAUAUUGGCAAGUCGUCGCCAGCAACCACCUACACCUAGCCCAACAGAACCUAAAGUACAAGUUCGGCCAUUAACGAAAGAUUCGCUGGAGACCAGACAACACGUUUCAACGUCUGUCGGGUAUGGUUACCAAACUCGAAAUAAAGUGAGCGUGUUAGAUGGAUCUGUGUUACCCAGCAAAUUUGAGCCGUUUCCUAGUGAGUUGUAUGGCAUGCCACUUGAAGAAAUUGACAAUUUUAUAUUUGACGAGGUAAGUGAAAUUUAA